AUGGACUGGUUUCCUAGUGAGGCAAACUUGAAGAAGAUCCCAAAGAUCUGUAUCGACGAGGACGGCUUCAACAGAGAGGAGUUUCUUUGCGAAUUCUGCGAUGGCUACCAAGGAGAUGACAUGGAUGAGAGCUACGUGGGUUGCGACGGCGGUACUCUACGCAUGGGAAGCCUACUCGAACGCUUCAUCAAGCACAUCAAAGGUAAUCGCCGCGUCACCAAGGAAGCUUACGAAUCCAACCCAAAGACCAUCCGCCUUCGGAAGAAGGCCCGUCGUGCUAUCGCAUCGCACUCGAACAGAUCUGAUGCCUACACUAUGAAGGACCAUCGCGCCGAGCACGAGCGUGCCGUUGCCACCAACACCCUCUCAACCUUGAUCGACAUCAGCAACAGUCUGCGGGUCAUCGCCCAGUGCACUCUCCACACCAGUUGUUUGGACCGUGGUUUGAACCGUGGUAACACCGAGCUCAUCGACAUGCCCCCUCGCUGUGGCCCCGAGGAGAUGCCUGAGGAGUGUCUCUGGAAGUUCCCUCUGGACGAGAAUGAGGAUGAGGAGAACUAA